GACAUUCAGUCGUGCUUUCGAUUUCGUUCGGUUCGGUUCGCAAAAAAUAAUCUAAUCCAGCCUGCUGGAGCAGCUCCCACAAUCUCUCUGUCUGAUUGGGGCAAGGGCACACCGCACUCAUCUCCUCUGUCGCCUAGGUCGCGGUGAGUGGAAAAGAACUGGUUCCUUUUUUCGAUUUGACGCUGAUAGUAGAGUCUCACUAUCAGUCCUCUUUCGGCGUCUGGUUCAAUUCUGGUGUUUCGUGCAAAAAAAGAAGAGUUUGGCGACAUUUUCGUCGUGCCGCGCGUGGUAGAAAGAAGAAAGUGUCGUCUCGCACGGUUGAAGUGUUGGUCGUCCGAGUAAUUCGCGAAUAGUGAUAAUAUUGGCUCAAGAGUGGUGGUAAAUUUGGCGCUGAAGCAGAGUGAUAGUGUCCCAAACGCCAGGAAAAAAAUCGGUCCCACAAAGAUUUGCAAAAUUCUUUAGUGAAAAUUGAAAUAUUCACAGCCAGUUAGUCAGCUGUUAGAGCAAAGUAAAUUUUUCAUGAUGUCAUCCAACAACAGCGUCGAUGUGCUGGAGGACGGCGCGUUCGCCGCCAGCAAGAACAGUUGGAAUCGGUACUAUUCCAACAGCGUCGUCCAGCCUCUGCUAACAGACCUCUACCAGAUCACGAUGGCCUACGCCUACUGGAAGUCGGGCAAAAUCGACGACCACGCCGUGUUUGAUCUCUUCUUCAGAACCAACCCAUUCCACGGGGAGUUCACAAUCUUCGCCGGACUAGAAGAGUGUCUGAAGUUCAUGGAAAACUUCCACUAUUCGGAAACAGAUAUAGAAUACCUAAAACAUGCCCUCCCCCAAGGCAUCGAGGAGGAGUUUUUCGAGUACCUUGGCCAGCUAACGGCGAAAGACGUCACACUGUACGCCCUGAAGGAGGGCUCGGUUGCAUUCCCCAGAGUCCCGCUCAUCAAAGUGGCUGGUCCACUGAUUAUUGCGCAAUUACUGGAGACAACCCUGCUGACCUUAGUAAAUUACGCGAGCUUGAUGGCCACCAACGCGGCUCGAUACCGGAUGGUGGCCGGGCGGCAUAUCAACCUGCUCGAGUUUGGCCUCCGACGAGCUCAAGGGCCCGAUGGAGGCCUUUCCGCAUCCAAGUACGCCUAUAUCGGUGGCUUCGAUGGCACAUCCAACGUGUUGGCGGGCAAGCUUUUCAACAUUCCGGUGAAGGGAACUCACGCUCAUGCGUACAUCACCUCCUUUACCGGCACCCAGGAGCUCAAGACCCGUGUUCUGGCACACAAAGAAACCGGGGACAAACGCGACCUGCUGGAGCUGGCCAUCGAUCACCGGGUUCAGCUAUCGAAACUGCUGGACAUCUCGACGGAGGAAUCGAGCGAGGGCGAACUGGCCGCGAUGGUGUCCUUUGCGAUCGCUUUCCCCGACGGCUUCAUGGCCCUAGUCGACACGUACGAUGUUAAGAGCGAAAAGCAUGACACAAAAAGUACGCUCCUAGGCGACAACGGUUGCUUGCUAGAUAUGUCCAAUUGUGACCCGUGUUGCCCCCUGAUCGGUUUCGACUCUAGCCAGACGACGAUGAUGACGACCCCGACCGCACUGACGACCGACGACUGCCUGGACGCCGACACUGCCCCGGCCGAUGACGACGAUCUUGUGGCCCAAGGGCAUCAGCAAACCGAGCAAACAGCAAACGAACCGGAAGAACGGGAAGACUCCGGUGGGCUGCCCACCGGUGGUAGUGCUUGUUAUUAUUGUUCCGGUCGUAUGGCGCGCGUUAACGACUAUUGUGAGAACGGUAAUUUCCAGCAGGGUGAUGAUGUUACUAAUGAUGAUGAUGAUGGUGCUAGUGCUACCGAUCUGCCUGCGACGACGGAUGUCGAUGGAGAAAACGCCAACACCGCUGAGGAUGGACUAGUCAACAACGGGAAUGGGACGGCGUUGUCCACGGAGAAUGGCGACGACGGCGGAGGCGAGGACGGCGAGAUGACGCCGCCGCCCAUGUGUGCCACCUGUGAGGCCAACGCACGCAAUGCCCGGGGCUGCGUCAUCCGCCAUCUCAAAUCGGUCGGAAAGUGCUUCAGGAGCGGUUUAUUGAACUUCUGCGCAGUGGCACUGGCGCUCAACGAUCAGGGCUACCGAGCGGUCGGCAUUCGUAUCGAUUCCGGUGAUUUGGCCUACCUGAGCUGCCUGGCGCGGGAAACCUUCGAGCGGAUCAGCGAACAGUUCAAGUUGCCCUGGUUCAGCAAACUGACCAUCGUGGCGUCGAAUGACAUCAACGAGGAAACCAUACUGAGCUUGAACGAGCAGGGUCACAAAAUCGACUGCUUCGGAAUUGGAACCCAUUUGGUUACCUGCCAGCGGCAGCCGGCCCUGGGUUGCGUCUACAAGAUGGUGGAGAUCAACGCGCAGCCGCGCAUCAAGCUCAGCCAGGACGUGGUGAAGGUGACGAUGCCGGGCAACAAGAACGUGUUCCGUCUGUACGGAGCCGAUGGGCACGCCCUGAUUGAUCUACUUCAGCGGGUGGACGAAAGUCCGCCGGAAGUCGGCCAGAAGGUGCUCUGUCGUCAUCCAUUCCAGGAAUCGAAGCGAGCCUACGUCAUUCCGACGCACGUCGAGCCCCUGUACGACGUGUACUGGGCCGAUGGGCGAGUGACGCAGGCGAUGCCCUCGCUGGAGGAGGUACGCGACCGUGUGCAGAACUCGCUCCGAACGCUCCGGCAGGAUCACAAACGCACGCUGAACCCGACGCCUUAUAAGGUGGCCGUGAGUGAUAACUUGUACAACUUCAUCCAUGACCUUUGGUUACAGAAUGCUCCAAUUGGGGAACUGUCAUGAUAAGCUGGUACCGAAUAUUGUGAAAAGAUGCAAAAACAAAACAAAAAAAACUCGUCUUAGUCAUUCUGAAUACCCAGCGCACCCAAAUACACAUCCCCCCAAACAACCGGAGUGUACAACUACUUUGUAUUUGACUAAAAAUUUGUUGUUAUGUAUCGCCGUAAGAGUGCGAUACGUUUAGAUUGAUCUAGCUUCCCGAGCUCCCGAAGCUCUGAAACUCACCCUGCGUGGGUAUUGGUUAGACAUGGAAGCGCAGUUUUACAAUUUGUUGAAAGGAAAAAAAAACUUAAAAAACGUAUAACAAACAAAAAAUAUGUAGUAAUAACGAGCACAAAUUUAGUGCUUAACAAAAAAUAGAAACAAACAAAUUCUAUGGAUAGGAAGGUGAUUUUGCAUGCUGGCAAACGAGAGCUCUGAAAGACGGUAGCUAUUGUUUACGAGGGAACGUUCAGUACAGUUUUAGAAUCGGAUGAGAAGAAGCGAGAGAAUAUUUUCGAAUGGAAGCUUAUUUUUAGAAAUACAGCACUAUUUCCUACUGGAACUAAACUAUCCACAUCUAUCCGAAAAGGAUUUAGAUCAUUCCGAGGCUUAGAACUCCAAACUGUUUAGCAGAAACCCUUCUAGCGAGUGCAAAGACAGCCACAGUGAACAAAAAGUACAACAGGUUUUAAGUGUAGUGUUCCUUUUAAUUUUCUCUUAGCUUUCACUUCUCAAAAAGUUCAUAUUCCGUGUUAUUCGCAGCAGUUUACGAAAGAGUAGCCACACAAAUCGUUACAACGUUCUAAUAUUACGCAAAAGAAAAUAGUUUUACUAAUUGUAAUGUUAACGCAAAGCAAAUUCUGUUAGGAAGGUAUGUUUCAACAAAACACAACACAAUGUGCCUUAGAGAGGGUUUACCCGAUUAAAAGCCAUAAACACAAGCCCGAAUACGUAUUGUCAAAUAGUCGGUUGUUUUUUAUACUUUCUUCAUAUUUAUUUAAAUUCAAACUUUUAAAAAUAAGCUUUCAUUUUUUAUCCACACCACCGGUAGCUAACACAUUCUUAACCUUUGUCCUACUUGACCUGAAACACUCACCUAUUCUUGUUUGCAAUAGAUAUUUAUUAGAUUUCUUCUACCCUUAUCCAAAACUUUCAUCAAGACGAACCAAACGCAUAAUGAUGAUAGUUGUUCUCACACAAAUAUGACGCCAAGGAAGCCCCGUUCUGUAACACCAUGUUGAAACAUGAAGGGGAAUAUAAUAUGUUUAAAUGAAUCUGAAACUCAUGUAGAAGAGAAAGUUCUUUAUUCAGUAACAGAUAAAACAGCAAACAUCAAUAUCAAAACAAGAUCCGUGUAGCUAAAUGAAUAAUACAUUAUUGGUGCUCUCAGAGCUGUUGGAUUAAAUACAUGUGAAUAGAAUCACCACGGA